CAGGAGAUUGUUGACCUUGUCCAAGACCGUAUAAGGAAACUGGCCGAGAUGUGCACUGGACUCCAGGGUUUCCUGCUCUUCCACAGUUUCGGUGGUGGGACUGGUUCAGGAUUUACUUCCCUUCUCAUGGAGAAACUCAGCGUGGAUUACGGGAAGAAGUCUAAACUUGAAUUCUCCAUCUACCCGGCCCCACAGGUGACAGCUUUUUUUAUUCUCUUACCGACCCCUAACUGAGACAUUCUCAAUCGUUUUAAGUUAGGACCGACAGUGGUUUGCUUGCCUAUUCUGCAACAAUAUUUAACUCUACAGUAAAUCAAUAGUAUAAGAUAUAGGACUACCUCUCCGGUACCUAAUCUGGCUUGAUUAUACAGUACCGGUUUAUUAUUACAAAAAGAUAGACUGUAUCCUUUUGUAAUAAUAAUAAUGUGUCAUAUAGGCUUAACUGACUGCCUAAACUGGCUUGCUUAUACAGAAUUAUGCAAGCUCGUUGAAAUAACUGACGAACUUCUACGAAAUGCCCUCCCAUUUCCUAUGCAGUUAUCUCAGUUCAGUAUCACUUAUAUCAGCAUCGUAGUUAGUAGUAGUUAGCUUUUUAUUAAAUUGUAGAACAUUAAAAUUAGAUUUAAUCUGAAAGUAAACCUUUCGACUCUUUUCGGGCACCCGGUAUCUAGGUCUCGACUGCAGUUGUCGAACCGUACAACUCAAUCCUGACUACGCACACAACCCUCGAGCAUUCGGACUGCGCAUUUAUGGUGGACAAUGAGGCCAUCUACGACAUCUGCAGGCGUAACCUUGACAUUGGUCGACCUUCUUACACCAACCUCAAUCGGCUGAUUGGGCAAAUUGUGUCCUCCAUCACGGCGUCUCUUAGAUUUGAUGGGGCCCUGAACGUCGAUCUGACAGAAUUUCAAGUGAGUAUGGCGUGUUUCAGCCUGGUUUCAGAAUUUGGCAAAAUGUUUUAUAUACCGGUACCGUAA